AUGAAUAAAGGAACAAUACUCAGUGAUGCGAUUAGUUACAUUGAGGGGUUACAAGAAGAGGUGAAGGGUCUCAGUGAGAAGCUUCAAGAGAUGGAAAUAAUGUCUGGUCAAGUGAACGUUGGAAGCAUGGAUGAUACUGUACAAGUGACUGAGAAAUGCAAAAUAGAGGAAGAUGUUCAGGUGACUGCUUUAGAUGGGAAUAAACUGUGGAUAAAGAUAAUUUGUGGACAAAAGAAAGGGCUGUUCAAUGAAUUGAUGGAGGCAUUAGAUUCUGUUGGAUUUGAAGUCAUUGACACCAACCUUACCACCUCCAAAGGGGCAAUUCUGGUUUCAUUUUCUGUUGAGGGGACACAUGUUGAUGAGUAUGUAACUGAGCAGAUGAAGGAGUUUUUCAUGGAGAUGAUUAGAGGAUAUUAA